AUGGUUCGUAUGGGAAAGGUGUCUUUGAAAAGUGGAAAUAAUGACACAAUUAAAGCAACUAAUCAUGAAAUUGAGGAGAUCAUCGUUAACCCGCGUUAUGAUCGUGACGCGAAAGUGAAUGACAUUGCUUUGAUUCGGGUAAAAAACAGAAUCCAAUUUUCAAGUUACAUUAAGCCAGCUUGUUUACAAACAAAUUUGGAUGACAUACCAUCGGAUGUGAAGCUCACUGUAACCGGCUGGGAUACUACAUCACCUGAAUGGAAUGUGUCAUCAGAGAUCGUGCGUAAAACAGAAUUGAUUACGAUGUCACUAUCGGAAUGCAACUCAACAAUGAUGAAAUGGAAUCGCCAACAAAAUUUGCCAACCUAUCGAAAUGGUCUGAUUAAAGGACAAUAUUGUGCACAUGGCCUUCAAGGAGAAAGCGACACUUGCUACGGAGACACUGCUGGGCCAUUGCAUUAUUUCCCCAACAAUGAAACAUCGCUGGCCACGGUGGUUGGCAUUGUAUCGUUUGGUCAAAGCUGUGGUCUUGCUCUACCAACCAUUUUCACUAGGGUCGCAUAUUACUUGGACUGGAUCGAAGGAAUUGUUUGGCCCAAUGUAUAA